AUGUCCGGGAAGAACGACGAGAUCCGAAUGCAAGUGUUUGAUGGGGAAGAAUACGCGAAAUGGAGAUCCAAGUUGAAUCUUUUCCUUGAAUGGAAAAAAUGUGAUGAAGUGAUUAAACUCGAUGAAAGACCAGAAGGUAUCACGCAAGAAAUCUGGAAGGAGAAAGAAUUGAAGGCUAAAAAUUACAUCGUUAAUAGCAUCACCCUGACACGGCUAGAUCUGAUUAUCUCCGAAGAGACAGCUAAAAAGAUGUUACAGAAGUUGGAUCAAACGUAUUUGAUCAAACGGUUUGAGAAGUGUGUAAAUGAACUGAAAAAUGCAGGUGAAGCAGUAAGUGAGGAGGACAAAGGGAAUUAUCUACAGUUGGCGUUACCGGAGAGCCUCUCACGGAUGAUGGACUUAAUUGAUGCGUUACCACUAAAGCACAGAACUGUUGAAUUUGUGAAAUCGAAGUUACUGGUGGAAUUUCUGAAGAAAGAAAAUGCAAAAAUGGACACAAGGAAUUCAACUCAAGCUUUCAGUUCUCAGGGACCGAGAAACGUUCGUAAUGCACGAGGUGGUCAGAGAGGACAUAAUGGAUUUGACAACUCGAGGUACAAUAAUAAUUAUCAUUAUCAACAACAACGAACAAACUCAGAGAGACCAGUGGAGAAUCAAAAUGAACGAAGUAGACCACCAGUGAGAUGUUACAAGUGCAAUGGGAUUGGACAUAUAGAGCGUUAUUGUCGCAGUAAUUGGACUGUGGGAAAGAGACAGCCGAACAUAAUGAUGAACCAGAAAUAG